GUUAAACUAAAGUCGGAACUGCUCCAUUCUUGUACGGGUUAAAUUAUGCUCUGUGCAGAUCUAGUGGUGAUGUAUAAAUUGCAGCCCUGUCUUUUUUUCGAAGGAUUCUAAAAUAGGUUUUCAGAAUUGCUGCUGGAUUUUUGCUCCUGUAUGUGUGGCGACUCUCGAUUUCCCCCCCUUCGGAGAAGCAUCCUUUGCAGUAUUCCCCCUUCGGAGGAAUCACUUAGACACUUCCAGCUGGUGGCAGGGGAUACAGCAUAAUACGGCUUCCUCUGUCCCAGCUGUCUUUUUUCACUACGGUAAAUGCAUUACGAUGGCUGCACUCGCCUGGAGAGGUUCAGGUGGAGGGAAGUGUAGGAUGAAGUCUGGAAACCUCCGCUUGGGUUUUUAAAUGCUUCAGCUUCUACAGCAUCUUUGCAUUUUGAGCGACUUCCUGCUUCUAGUCAAAGGUUCUCUCCAGUGAUUGGAAUGCUGCUGCAAGUCUGAUCCAAGGUGCCUGAGGAUAUCACCUUGUACUUGAGAGGAUCUUUUUCAAUGCAUUAUGGCUCAUGCGGCCUCACAAUUAAAGAAAAACAGGGAUUUAGAAGUCAAUGUUGAAGACGAGGCUGAGAAGAAAAGGAAGCACCGCAAACGGUCCCGGGAUCGGAAGAAAAAGUCUGAUGCCAAUGCAAGUUACUUAAGAGCAGCUCGAGCUGGACACCUAGAAAAAGCCCUUGACUACAUAAAAAAUGGAGUUGACAUUAAUAUUUGCAAUCAGAAUGGCUUGAAUGCACUCCAUCUUGCUUCCAAAGAAGGCCAUGUAGAAGUUGUGUCUGAACUUCUACAGAGAGAAGCCAAUGUGGAUGCAGCUACAAAGAAAGGAAACACAGCACUACAUAUUGCAUCUUUGGCUGGACAAGCUGAAGUGGUAAAGGUCUUGGUUACAAAUGGAGCCAACGUCAAUGCACAAUCUCAGAAUGGGUUCACACCAUUAUAUAUGGCAGCCCAGGAAAACCACCUGGAGGUGGUUAAGUUUCUUCUUGACAAUGGUGCAAGCCAAAGUUUAGCCACUGAGGAUGGCUUCACUCCUCUGGCAGUUGCUUUGCAACAAGGUCAUGAUCAAGUUGUUUCACUCCUGCUAGAAAAUGACACUAAAGGCAAAGUGCGUCUUCCAGCUCUGCAUAUUGCUGCCCGGAAAGAUGACACGAAAGCCGCCGCCCUGCUACUGCAGAACGACAACAAUGCAGAUGUGGAAUCAAAGAUGGUGGUGAAUAGAACAACAGAGAGUGGCUUCACUCCGCUCCACAUAGCUGCUCAUUAUGGAAAUAUCAAUGUAGCCACGUUGCUGUUAAACCGAGCGGCUGCUGUGGACUUCACCGCAAGGAAUGACAUUACACCUUUACAUGUCGCAUCAAAAAGAGGAAAUGCCAAUAUGGUAAAACUAUUACUUGAUCGAGGAGCUAAGAUCGAUGCCAAAACCAGGGAUGGGCUGACACCUUUACACUGUGGAGCAAGGAGCGGCCAUGAGCAGGUGGUGGAGAUGCUGCUGGAUCGAGCUGCCCCCAUUCUUUCAAAGACCAAGAACGGACUGUCUCCACUGCACAUGGCCACACAAGGGGAUCAUUUAAACUGUGUCCAGCUGCUCCUUCAGCAUAACGUGCCCGUGGACGAUGUCACCAAUGACUACCUGACUGCCCUGCACGUCGCUGCCCACUGUGGCCAUUACAAAGUGGCCAAGGUUCUCCUGGACAAGAAAGCUAACCCCAAUGCCAAAGCCCUGAAUGGCUUUACUCCUCUUCAUAUUGCUUGCAAGAAAAAUCGAAUUAAAGUAAUGGAACUCCUUCUAAAGCACGGUGCAUCUAUCCAAGCCGUAACCGAGUCUGGCCUUACCCCAAUCCAUGUUGCUGCCUUCAUGGGACAUGUAAAUAUUGUAUCACAGCUAAUGCAUCAUGGAGCCUCACCAAAUACCACCAAUGUGAGAGGAGAAACAGCACUACACAUGGCAGCUCGGUCAGGACAAGCUGAAGUUGUGCGAUAUUUGGUGCAAGAUGGAGCUCAGGUGGAAGCCAAAGCUAAGGAUGAUCAAACCCCUCUCCACAUUUCUGCCCGACUGGGGAAGGCAGAUAUAGUACAGCAGUUGUUGCAGCAAGGAGCAUCUCCAAAUUCAGCCACGACAUCUGGGUACACCCCAUUGCACCUUUCAGCCCGGGAAGGCCACGAGGAUGUGGCUGCUUUCCUGUUGGAUCAUGGCGCAUCUUUAUCUAUAACAACAAAGAAAGGAUUUACACCCCUUCAUGUGGCAGCAAAAUAUGGGAAGCUUGAGGUGGCAAAUCUCCUGCUCCAGAAAAGUGCAUCUCCAGAUGCUUCUGGAAAGAGCGGACUAACUCCACUGCAUGUAGCUGCACAUUAUGAUAAUCAGAAAGUGGCGCUUCUGCUUUUGGACCAAGGAGCCUCACCUCAUGCAGCCGCAAAGAAUGGUUAUACACCACUGCACAUCGCUGCCAAAAAGAAUCAGAUGGACAUAGCGACAACUCUGCUGGAAUAUGGUGCUGAUGCAAAUGCAGUUACCCGGCAAGGCAUUGCUUCUGUCCAUCUUGCAGCACAGGAGGGGCACGUGGACAUGGUCUCACUGCUCCUCAGCAGAAAUGCCAACGUGAACCUGAGCAAUAAGAAUGGCCUGACCCCACUCCACUUGGCUGCUCAAGAAGACAGAGUGAAUGUGGCUGAAGUCCUGGUCAACCAAGGGGCACAUGUGGACGCUCAGACAAAGAUGGGGUACACACCACUACAUGUGGGCUGCCAUUAUGGAAAUAUCAAGAUUGUUAAUUUCCUGCUUCGGCAUUCUGCAAAAGUGAAUGCCAAAACGAAGAAUGGGUAUACACCAUUGCACCAAGCAGCCCAACAGGGACACACACAUAUUAUCAACGUUUUGCUUCAGAACAAUGCCUCCCCCAAUGAACUCACUGUGAAUGGGAACACAGCCCUGGCCAUUGCCCGGCGGCUGGGCUACAUCUCAGUAGUCGACACCCUGAAGGUCGUGACGGAAGAGAUCAUGACCACAACUACUGUCACAGAGAAGCACAAAAUGAAUGUUCCAGAAACGAUGAACGAAGUACUUGAUAUGUCUGAUGAUGAAGUGCGUAAAGCCAACGCCCCUGAAAUGCUCAGUGAUGGCGAAUAUCUCUCAGAUGUUGAAGAAGGUGAAGAUGCGAUGACAGGAGACACGGACAAGUACCUUGGGCCACAGGACCUUAAGGAACUGGGCGAUGAUUCACUUCCUGCAGAGGGUUACAUGGGCUUUAGUAUGGGAGCCCGUUCUGCCAGCCUCCGCUCCUUCAGUUCGGAUAGGUCUUACACCUUGAACAGAAGCUCCUAUGCACGGGACAGUAUGAUGAUUGAAGAACUUCUCAUACCAUCCAAAGAGCAGCAUCUAACCUUCACAAGAGAAUUUGAUUCAGAUUCUCUUAGACAUUAUAGCUGGGCUGCAGACACCUUAGAUAACGUCAAUCUUGUUUCAAGUCCUGUUCAUUCAGGGUUUCUGGUUAGCUUUAUGGUGGACGCCAGAGGGGGCUCCAUGAGAGGAAGCCGCCACCAUGGGAUGAGAAUCAUCAUUCCUCCACGGAAGUGCACGGCCCCCACCCGCAUCACCUGCCGUUUGGUAAAGAGACAUAAACUGGCCAACCCACCCCCAAUGGUGGAAGGAGAGGGAUUAGCCAGUAGGCUGGUAGAAAUGGGUCCUGCAGGGGCCCAAUUUUUAGGUAAACUGCAUCUUCCCACCAAUCCUCCCCCUGUAAAUGAGGGUGAGAGCUUGGUUAGCCGAGUCCUGCAGCUUGGGCCUCAAGGAACAAAAUUUAUUGGCCCUGUCAUAGUGGAAAUCCCUCACUUUGGCUCUAUGAGAGGAAAAGAGAGAGAACUUAUUGUUCUUCGGAGUGAAAAUGGUGAAACAUGGAAAGAGCAUCAAUUUGACAGUAAAAAUGAAGAUUUAACUGAAUUGCUUAAUGGAAUGGAUGAAGAGCUUGAUAGCCCAGAAGAAUUAGGAAAAAAGCGGAUCUGCAGGAUUAUCACUAAAGAUUUCCCCCAGUAUUUUGCAGUAGUUUCACGGAUAAAGCAGGAAAGUAACCAAAUUGGUCCUGAGGGUGGAAUUCUAAGCAGCACCACUGUACCUCUUGUCCAAGCUUCUUUCCCAGAAGGCGCUUUAACUAAAAGAAUUCGAGUGGGCCUCCAGGCCCAGCCUGUUCCAGAUGAAAUUGUGAAAAAGAUCCUUGGAAACAAAGCAACAUUCAGUCCAAUUGUCACAGUGGAACCAAGGAGAAGGAAAUUCCAUAAGCCAAUAACAAUGACCAUUCCUGUACCCCCACCCUCAGGAGAAGGCGUAUCCAAUGGGUACAAGGGGGAUACCACACCCAAUCUACGCCUUCUCUGUAGCAUAACAGGGGGCACCUCACCUGCUCAGUGGGAAGACAUCACAGGAACUACUCCUUUGACGUUUAUAAAGGAUUGUGUCUCUUUUACAACCAAUGUUUCAGCCAGAUUUUGGCUCGCAGACUGCCAUCAAGUUUUAGAAACUGUGGGGUUAGCCACACAACUUUACAGAGAACUAAUAUGUGUUCCAUAUAUGGCCAAGUUUGUUGUUUUUGCCAAAAUGAAUGAUCCUGUAGAGUCCUCCCUGAGAUGUUUCUGCAUGACAGAUGACAAAGUGGAUAAAACUUUAGAGCAGCAAGAGAAUUUUGAGGAAGUUGCAAGAAGCAAAGAUAUUGAGGUCCUGGAAGGAAAACCAAUUUAUGUUGAUUGUUAUGGAAAUCUGGCCCCACUUACCAAAGGAGGACAGCAACUUGUUUUUCACUUUUAUGCUUUCAAAGAAAAUAGACUGCCAUUUUCCAUCAAGAUUAGAGACACCAGCCAAGAGCCUUGUGGUCGUUUGUCUUUUCUGAAAGAACCAAAGACAACAAAAGGACUGCCUCAAACAGCUGUUUGCAACCUAAAUAUCACGCUGCCAGCACAUAAAAAGGAGACAGAGUCAGAUCAAGAUGAUGAGAUCGAGAAGACAGACAGACGACAGAGCUUUGCCUCUUUAGCGUUACGUAAGCGCUACAGCUACUUGACUGAGCCUGGAAUGAAAACAGUUGAACGGAGUGCAGGAGCAGCAAGAUCCCUCCCCACCACUUACUCAUACAAGCCAUUCUUUUCUACAAGACCCUUCCAGUCCUGGACAACAGCUCCGAUUACAGUGCCCGGGCCAGCCAAGUCAGGCUUCACUUCCUUAUCAAGUUCUUCUUCUAAUACGCCAUCAGCUUCUCCAUUAAAAUCAAUAUGGUCUGGUUCGACUCCUUCUCCAAUCAAAUCCACUUUAGGCGCAUCAACGACAUCUUCAGUUAAAUCUAUUAGUGAUGUAGCAUCUCCAAUUAGAUCCUUUCGGACAAUUUCUUCACCAAUAAAAACAGUGGUGUCACAAUCUCCUUACAAUAUCCAGGUGUCCUCUGGUACACUGGCUAGAGCCCCUGGAAUCACAGAGGCCUUGCCUUUAAAAGGGCUGGCAUCCAGUUCUACUUUUUCCACUCGGACCUCUCCUGUGACUACUGCUGGGUCUCUUUUGGAGAGGUCAUCAAUUACUAUGACACCUCCUGCCUCCCCCAAGUCAAACAUAAAUAUGUAUUCCUCAAGUUUGCCAUUUAAGUCGAUCAUUACAUCAGCAGCACCACUAAUUUCGUCACCUUUAAAGUCAGUGAUAUCUCCAGCUAAAUCAGCAGUUGAUGUUGCCUCGUCACCUAAAGCUGCAAUGGCUUCUUCUCUCUCAUCACCUGUGAAACAGAUGCCUGGACAUGCAGAGGUAGCAUUAGUCAACGGAUCUAUUUCUCCUCUGAAAUACCCAUCAUCUUCGACUCUAAUUAAUGGGUGCAAAGCCACUGCCACAUUACAGGAAAAAAUUUCUAUAGCUACAAACUCUGUGAGCUCUACAGUUAGCGCAGCCACUGACACAGUUGACAAGGUGUUUUCUACCACAACAGCCGUGCCAUUUUCCCCACUCAGGUCAUAUGUUUCUUCAGCACCAUCAGCUUUUCAGUCUCUAAGAACUCCUUCUGCAAGUGCACUCUAUACAUCCCUUGGGUCGUCGAUAUCUGCAACUACCUCAUCUGUAACUUCAUCGAUAAUAACAGUGCCAGUCUACUCUGUAGUCAAUGUUUUGCCAGAACCAGCAUUAAAGAAACUUCCAGACUCUCAUUCACUUACAAAAUCAGCAGCAGCCUUGCUGUCACCCAUUAAAACAUUGACUACGGAGACACGUCCUCAGCCCCAUCUCACUCGAAGUUCAUCUCCUGUUAAGUCGUCGUUGUUCCUCACACCCUCUGCCCUUAAGUUGUCUACACCAUCUUCUUUAUCUUCCAGUCAGGAGAUAUUAAAAGAUGUGGCUGAGAUGAAAGAGGACCUAAUGCGCAUGACGGCAAUACUCCAAACAGACGUGCCUGAGGAGAAGCCAUUCCAACCUGAGCCCCCCAAAGAAGGAAGAAUUGAUGAUGAAGAGCCCUUCAAAAUUGUUGAGAAAGUAAAGGAAGACCUAGUGAAAGUUAGCGAAAUCCUUAAAAAAGAUGUGUGUGUAGAUAAUAAAGGGCCACCUAAAUCACCAAAGGGUGACAAGGGACUCUCUCCUGAAGAUGACUGGAUAGAAUUUAGUUCCGAAGAAAUUCGAGAAGCAAGACAACAAGCUGCUGCCAGCCAUUCUCCUUCCCUGCCAGAGAGAGUACAAGUCAAGGCAAAAGCUGCCUCUGAGAAGGAUUACAAUUUGACCAAAGUUAUUGAUUACCUAACAAACGAUAUCGGAAGCAGUUCACUGACAAACUUGAAGUACAAGUUUGAAGAUGCGAAGAAGGAUGGGGAAGAGAGACAGAAAAGAAUUUUAAAGCCGGCCAUUGCUUUGCAGGAACACAAACUAAAAAUGCCGCCAGCCUCCAUGAGGCCUUCCACCUCUGAGAAAGAGUUAUGUAAAAUGGCAGAUUCCUUUUUUGGAACAGAUACUAUUUUAGAAUCCCCAGAUGACUUUUCUCAGCAUGACCAAGACAAAAGUCCCUUGUCUGACAGUGGCUUUGAAACAAGAAGUGAAAAAACACCAUCCGCACCACAAAGCGCUGAAAGUACUGGUCCUAAGCCACUUUUUCAUGAAGUUCCUAUCCCUCCUGUCAUUACGGAAACAAGAACAGAAGUGGUUCACGUUAUCAGGAGCUACGAACCUUCAGCUGGAGAAGCUCCCCCGUCCCAACCAGAGGAGCCUGCAUCGCCCAAACCUGCGCCUGCGUUUAUGGAAUUGGAACCCAAGCCCACCACUUCUAGUAUCAAAGAAAAAGUGAAAGCAUUUCAGAUGAAAGCCAGCAGUGAGGAAGAUGACCACAAUCGUGUUCUGAGCAAAGGCAUGCGGGUCAAAGAGGAGACUCACAUAACCACGACCACCAGGAUGGUUUAUCAUUCUCCACCAGGCAGCGAGGGUGCCUCUGAAAGAAUCGAAGAAACCAUGUCCGUCCACGACAUCAUGAAGGCCUUUCAGUCCGGGCGGGACCCCUCCAAAGAGCUGGCAGGUCUGUUUGAACAUAAGUCAGCAGUGUCUCCAGAUGUUCACAAGUCUGCUGCUGAAACCUCAGCCCAGCAAGCAGAGAAGGACAGCCAAAUGAAACCCAAACUGGAGCGUAUAAUAGAAGUCCACAUCGAAAAAGGUAACCAAGCUGAGCCCACUGAAGUCAUUAUUAGAGAAACCAAAAAGCAUCCCGAGAAGGAAAUGUAUGUGUAUCAGAAAGACUUAUCCCGGGGAGAUAUUAACCUAAAAGAUUUUCUGCCAGAAAAACAUGAUGCUUUUCCUUGUUCAGAGGAGCAGGGUCAGCAAGAAGAAGAAGAACUUACUGCCGAAGAGUCACUUCCUUCUUAUCUGGAGUCUUCCAGAGUAAACACUCCUGUGUCCCAAGAAGAAGAUAGCCGCCCUAGUUCAGCUCAACUCAUUUCUGAUGACUCUUAUAAAACCCUGAAGCUUUUGAGUCAACACUCAAUAGAGUACCAUGACGAUGAGUUAUCAGAACUAAGAGGGGAGUCUUACAGGUUUGCUGAGAAAAUGCUUCUGUCAGAAAAGCUAGAUGUGUCUCAUUCUGAUACUGAGGAAUCGGUGACAGACCAUGCAGGACCCCCUAGCUCAGAGUUACAGGGGUCUGAUAAGCGGUCCAGAGAAAAAGUAGUCACUGCCCCCAAAAAAGAAAUUCUCUCCAAAAUCUAUAAAGAUGUGUCUGAAAAUGGUGUAGGUAAAGUGUCUAAAGAUGAGCCUUUUGAUAAAGUGACAGUUUUGCACUAUUCUGGCGAUGUUAGUAGUCCAAAACAUGCCAUGUGGAUGCGCUUUACUGAGGACAGAUUAGAGAGAGGGAGAGAGAAGUUGAUAUAUGAAGAUAGGGUGGACAGGACUGUGAAGGAAGCGGAAGAAAAACUGACUGAAGUGUCACAGUUUUUUCGUGACAAAACAGAAAAGCUCAACGAUGAACUGCAGUCCCCCGAGAAAAAGCCACGCCCCAGGAAUGGCAAAGAGUAUUCUUCUCAAAGCUCUACCAGUAGCAGCCCUGAGAAGGUACUGCUGAAGGGACUGUUGGCGUCCAAUGACGAGUGGAUUAAGGCGAGGCAGCACGGUCGUGAUGGACAAGGCUUCCCCAAAGCCGAUGAGAGGAAAGCAUCCAGUCUACCCAGCAGCCCAGAGAAAAAGAGUCUUUCCCAAGAGACUGAGGACAGCAAGUCCACGGAGGAAGUCAAAGGAAGUAUUGCACAGAGCAAAGCAGUGGAAGGGCCCCAGUCUGGGUUUCAGCUCAAACAAUCUAAGCUCAGUUCGAUUAGAUUAAAAUUUGAACAAGGCACACAGGCAAAAAGAAAGGACAUACCUCAAGAUGACAAAAAGCCAGAUGGCCAAUCCAGGAUCCCAGUGAAAAAAAUCCAGGAGAGCAAGCUACCUGUUUACCAAGUUUUUGCUAGAGAAAAACAGCAGAAGGCUGUAGACCUUCCAGAGGAAAGUGUGUCUGUGAAAAAAGAUUUUGUGGUAAUGAAAGCUAAAGAUGAGCAUGCCCAAAGCAAUGAAAUUGUUGUAAAUGAUUCUGGCUCUGAUGAUGUGAAAAAACAGAGAACUGAAAUGUCAAGUAAUGCAAUGCCUGACUAUUUUUCUGAGCAGCAGGCUAAAGACUUGGCAUGUCAUGUAACCUCAGAUUUAGCAACUAAGGGACCAUGGGACAAAAAGGUUUUUCGAACGUGGGAAAGUUCUGGAGCCACUAACAAUAAGUUGCAGAAAGAAAAACUUUCUCACGUACUUGUGCAUGAUGUAAGAGAGAAUCAUAUUGGUCACCCUGAGAGUAAGAUUGUCGAUCAAAGGAAUGAGUUUAUGUCUGUGACUGAGAGAGAACACAAAUUGUUAACAAAUGGCUCUCUCUCAGAAAUUAAGGAAAUGACUGUAAAAUUGCCCUCUAAAAAAGUCUUAUAUAGGGAAUAUGUUGUUAAAGAGGGGGAAUGUCCAGGUGGCUCGUUUGAUCAACUUUCCAGGAGAAGUGAGAGCUCAGCCGUGUCUCACAUCCCAGUCAGAGUGGCAGAGGAAAGAAGAAUGCCGUCUUCAAACAUUCCUGAUGGUUUUCCUGAGCAACCGACCUGUACAAAUCAUGAACUAUCACAAAAGUCACCCCAGUCGAGUAUGAGUAAAGAGACAGUUGAGACACAGUGCUUUAAUUCCAUAGAAGAUGAAAAAGUUUCCUACUCAGAAAUCAGCAAAGGUUCCAAAACUCAGAAUUUUGUAGGUUUAUGCCCACCUCGGGAGGAAACGGAAACGUCUCCCACCAAAUCUCCUGAUUCCUUAGACUUUAGCCCAGGAAAGGAGUCUCCCUCUAGUGAUGUGUUCGAACCCACUCCCAUUGACAGAUUGGAAAAAGUCGCACCACUUGCCCAGUCAGAGGGAGGGAAAGAGAUAAAAACUUUACCUGUUUAUGUCAGUUUCGUCCAGGUGGGAAAGCAAUAUGAGAAGGAGAUACAACAAGGAAAUGUUAAAAAAAUCAUAAGUCAGGAAUGUAAGACAGUACAAGAGACCAAGGGGACCUUUUAUACAAGUAGACAGCAGAAGCAACCUCCCUCUCCCCAGGGCAGUCCAGAGGAUGACACUCUAGAGCAAGUAUCCUUUCUAGACAGCUCUGGUAAAAGUCCUUUAACCCCAGAAACACCCAGUUCAGAGGAAGUGAGUUAUGAAUUUACAUCUAAGACACCAGACUCGCUAAUAGCUUAUAUACCAGGCAAGCCCAGCCCAAUCCCCGAGGUUUCUGAGGAAUCCGAGGAGGAAGAGCAGGCCAGGUCAGCCUCCUUAAAGCAGACUACAGUCGAGGAAGGAACUGUGAAGCAUGAAAUGUCUGUGAAUGUGAGUAAGGACUCUAACCAAAGACCUAAAAGUAACAGAGUUGCCUAUAUUGAAUUUCCCCCUCCUCCACCCCUGGAUCCAGAUCAGAUGGAGUCGGAGAAGAAACACCAUUAUCUCCAAGAAAGAGAAGUGGACAUGAUCGAAGUUAAUCUGCAAGAUGAGCAUGACAAGUACCAGUUGGUGGAACCCGUCAUCAGAGUCCAGCCACCCUCGCCAGUUCCUCCCGGGGCAGACGUCAGUGAUUCGAGUGAUGAUGAAUCUAUUUAUCAACCGGUCCCAGUUAAGAAAUACACCUUCAAGCUGAAGGAAGUGGAUGAAGAACACAAAGAAAUGACAAAAUCCAAAGCUUCUGCUGAAAAAGCUUCCAAAGAGAAAGAAGUGGAAAAGAAUGGAUCAGGAAAAGAUCACGAGUUAGGCCUUGGCCUUGAUUCACCUCAGAACGAAGCGGCCCAGAACGGGAACAAUGACCAGUCUGUCACAGAGUGUUCCAUCGCUACCACAGCAGAGUUUUCGCACGACACAGACGCCACUGAGAUCGACUCCUUGGAUGGCUACGAUCUACAAGAUGAAGAUGAUGGCUUGACAGAGAGUGACUCUAAACUCCCAAGUCAAACCAUGGAAAUCAAGAAAGAAGUCUGGAACACAGAAGGCAUUCUGAAGCAAGCUGAUCGCUCAUUUAGCCAGAGUAAACUUGAAGUUAUCGAGGAGGAAGGAAGGGUGGGACUAGACGAAGAUAAACCACCUUCUAAAAGUGCUUCAUAUGAAAAGACCUCUGAUAAGACUGAGCAGAAGUCAGGGGCCCAGUUUUUUACAUUAGAAGGCAGACAUCCGGACAGAUCAGUGUUUCCUGAUACUUACUUCAGUUACAAAGUAGAUGAAGAGUUUGCCACUCCUUUUAAAACAGUCGCUACCAAAGGCCUAGAUUUUGACCCUUGGUCAAGUAACCGAGGGGAUGAUGAAGUUUUUGACAGUAAAUCUCGGGAAGAUGAAACAAAGCCAUUUGGUCUGGCAGUGGAAGACCGCUCUCCAGCAACAACCCCUGAUACAACGCCAGCCAGAACGCCAACUGAUGAGAGUACCCCAACUAGUGAGCCUAACCCCUUCCCAUUUCAUGAAGGAAAAAUGUUUGAGAUGACUCGCAGUGGUGCAAUUGACAUGAGCAAGAGGGAUUUUGUGGAAGAGAGGCUCCAAUUUUUCCAGAUUGGUGAGCAUACUUCUGAAGGGAAGUCAGGGGACCAGGGGGAAGGGGAUACAAGUAUAGUCACUGCCACACCACAGCCACAGACAGGGGACACCACUGUAGAAACCAAUCUAGAGAGAAAUGUAGAGGCAACUGCAGUCGAAACUAAUCCCAGCAUCACGACCAGCGGAGAGUGUCAGGAAGGAACCUCCAGUGGCUCUCUGGAGAAAUCAUCAGCUGCCACUAACACCUCUAAAGUUGAUCCCAAAUCGCGCACGCCUAUAAAAAUGGGAAUUUCUGCAUCUACCAUGACCAUGAAGAAAGAAGGCACUGGCGAAGUAGCAGAUAAGAUAGAAGCCAUGGUAACCAGUUGUCAGGGGUUAGAGAAUGAAACCAUAACCAUGAUUUCAAAUACAACCAAUAGCCAGAUGGGCAUUAGGCCCCCAGAAAAACACGAUUUUCAAAAAGAUAACUUUAAUAACAACAACAAUUUGGAUUCUUCCACUAUGCAGACAGAUAACAUUACAAGUAUGGUAGCCCUGACAGAACAUUCUGCACCCACUUGUACCACAGAGAAAGCUAAUCCAGUGAAAAGUUCAUCAGGAAAAAAGACAGGGGUACUGCAAGGACACUGUACGAGAGAGAAGCAGAAAGUGUUUGGAGAGCAGCAAAAGACUAAGGAAUUGAUAGGGAUUAGGCGAAAAUCCAAACUCCCCAUAAAGGCCACUUCAUCAAAAGAUAUUCUCCCAAAUCACAUGCCAAACACUAAAGUGAGCAAAACGAAGCAGGUUAGUCCAUCUGAGAAAGCCAAAACCCUUUCUUCUUCGUGUGUAGAUGUGAAGUCUAGAAUUCCGAUAAAAAACACACACAGGGAUAACAUAAUUUCAGUGAGAAAAGCAUGUGCCACACAAAAACACGGGCAGCCAGAGAGAGGCAGAGCCAAACAGCUUCCCUCCAAGUUGCCAAUAAAGGUAAGAUCCACCUGUGUCACUCCCACCAAUACCACAACCACCACUACCUCCACCACCACCACCACCACCACCACCACCACCACCACCACCACCACAGUUAAAGUUAGAAAAAGUCAGCUUAAAGAAGUUUGUAAACAUUCCAUUGAAUAUUUUAAGGGAAUUAGUGGUGAGACCUUAAAGCUUGUGGAGCGCCUCUCUGAAGAAGACAAAAAGAUGCAGUCGGAGUUGUCCGAUGAGGAAGACAGUACCUCCAGAAACACGUCGUUGUCCGAGCCUUCCCGGGGUGGCCAGCCUUCAGUUACAUCGAAGUCUGCUAGAGAUAAGAAAACAGAGGCAGCAUCUUUAAAAUCAAAGAGUGAAAAGGCCGGCAGUGAGCAAAGGAGCAGUAGGAGGACUGGUCCACAGAGUCCAUGUGAACGAACAGAUAUAAGGAUGGCAAUAGUUGCUGACCACCUGGGACUUAGUUGGACAGAACUGGCAAGGGAAUUAAAUUUUUCUGUGGAUGAAAUCAAUCAAAUACGUGUGGAAAAUCCAAAUUCUUUAAUUUCUCAGAGCUUCAUGUUAUUAAAAAAAUGGGUUACCAGAGACGGAAAAAAUGCCACAACUGAUGCCUUAACGUCGGUCUUGACAAAAAUUAAUCGAAUAGAUAUAGUGACUCUGCUAGAAGGACCAAUAUUUGAUUAUGGAAAUAUUUCUGGCACCAGAAGUUUUGCAGAUGAGAACAAUGUUUUUCAUGAUCCUGUUGAUGGUUGGCAGAAUGAGACAUCAAGUGGAAACCUAGAGUCCCCCUCUCAAGCUCGAAGAAUAACUGGUGGGUUACUUGAUCUACUGGAUGACAGCCCAGACCAGUAUAGAGAUUCCAUUACUUCAUAUCUCAAAGGAGAACCUGGAAAAUUUGAAGCAAAUGGAAGCCAUGCAGAAGUCAGCCCAGAAGCAAAGACAAAACCAUACUUUUCAGAAUCCUCAAAUGAUGGAGGGAAACAGAGCCCGAAGGAAGCUCUGAAACCCAAAUUACAUGGAUCUGGCCGUGUUGAGGAGCCGGCAGCAGCAUCUUUAGCAGCCUGUCAGAAAUCCGUAGAAGAAACCAGCAAGUUUGUAUCAGAAGAGCCUAAACCCUGUGUGCCUGUCAGUAUGAAAAAGAUGAGUAGGACUUCUCCAGCAGAUGGCAAGCCAAGGCUUAACCUCCAUGAAGAAGAGGGGUCCAGUGGGUCAGAACCAAAGCAGGGAGAAGGUUAUAAGAUGAAGACGAAGAAAGAAAUACGGCAUGUGGAAAAGAAGAGCCACUCAUAACAGUAAACGG